CUGAUGCGUUGAGUAAGCCAUGUGCAGUAAACUCCAAUGGAGUAAAGCUUUCUGGUCAGGCUAUUCAGAACUGGAAUUUUCUAAGACUUCUUCCUGUGAUCAUGUGUGACAAGGUGAAAGAGCCCACAGAUGAUGUUUGGCAGUUGACCCUUCAGCUAAAAGACAUUGUGGAGCUGAUUUGUGCACAGAAAAUUUCAUUGCCAGAGGUUGCAUACCUUGACGUUCUUAUCCAAGAAUAUCUUGCUUGUAGAUUUUCUCUCUUUCCAGGACAUAGGUUAAAGCCUAAGCAUCACUACUUGCGACACUACCCUGCACUGAUUUUAAAGUUUGGUCCUUUGAUCAGGUUGUGGACAAUGCGAUUUGAAAAAAUGGGUGAUUCAGAGCUAAACACUUCAAACAUCAGCAAUGCCAUUGAUGCAGUACUACCUGAACUCCCAAUUGCAACUAAAAAAUCUCUUGAGGACACCUUAAAGUCACUUGGAGUGGAGUCCUCAGAAGAUUUCAGAUUUCUUCAGGAAUCAGAUCUGACAGCUGUACUGAAGCCCAUUCAAGCCAGGAAAUUUAUGUCUGUUCUAAAGGAGACCAGACCCUCCUGCUAUGCUGCUGAUCGAUUCAUGCUCAGUGUGGACCGCAAGAUUGUGAAUGAUGACAUCACUACAUUCAUCGCUGCUGUUAGCCUAAUGUUCGGCAGUUAUUACUGUUUUAACAUUCACUACCCUACUGAACUGGCAUCAGUGCUUGAAUUUUUGCAAAGGUGUUUGUUCAUCAUAAAUCCUGAAAAGGGCACAAAGGUAGUGGAAAAGAAGAACAAAAAACGACUCCCUGUGAACCCAAGAGUCUUCACCUUAAUCUCUGACCUUUCUGAUUAUGAGUGGCGAGAGACAUUGUAAAUGGCCUGCAAAGGUGCCCAGCAACUUUUGUUCCUUGUUCUGCCUUAGUAGUUAUUAUUGUAAAUGUUCGACUUAAACUUUACCUAUCUUCUCUAGCUCAAUAUAAAGUGGCAGUUGGAUAGUGGAAUCUAAAUUUUAAAUGCAUAGUCUUGACCGACUGAUUCUUGUCUGAUUUUAAGACUAAUCUUAAGCCAUUGUAUACUUAUGAUAAAACACAAGAAAAAAACACUAAUGUUAUUUUAAAUGCCUGCCAAUCUUUAUUAAAAAUACUUGGGACCACACUGAUGUGUAAGUCUUUAUUAGAUUUUGAUGGGUUUUGAUUAUUUGAUUUAGGUUUGUAUACAAGUAUUCUUAAUAGUUUCUUAAAGGUAAAAUCUGAAUGUUUAGCAGUGUAACUUCUAUCUCUUCUUGCUCCCAGCUAAUGUGAUAAAAUGGUGCUUUCACGGAAUUGCUGAAU